AGUUAAAAAACUCUAUAAGGAUAAGUAUUAUUCUCCGGUCUGUGAAGUUGUUGGGUGGAUAAAAAAAAAUGGAGGGGAGUAAUAUUAUUACUCAACAUACACCUCGAACUGUGGAAGAGGUCUUUAGCGACUUCAGAGGUCGACGAGCUGGUCUCAUUAAGGCUCUCACUAUCGAUAUGGUGAAGUUUUACCAAACAUGCGAUCCUGAGAAGGAGAACUUUUGUCUGUAUGGACUUCCAAAUGAGACUUGGGAGGUUAAUCUUCCCGCCGAGGAAGUUCCUCCUGAGCUUCCUGAACCAGCUCUAGGCAUCAAUUUCGCUAGAGACGGCAUGCAGGAAAAGGACUGGGUUUCUUUGGUCGCUGUUCACAGUGAUUCUUGGCUGCUUUCUGUUGCCUUCUACUUUGGUGCACGUUUCGGGUUUGUUAAGAAUGAGAGGAAGAGACUUUUCCAGAUGAUAAACGAUCUUCCAACCAUUUUCGAGGUUGUGACAGGCAAUGCAAAGCAAUCCAAAGAUCAUUCUGGUACCAACAACAACAAUAGCAUAAGCAAACCUAGUGGCUUGAAGGUUUCGAAGAUGAUGUCAUCUCCACCGCCUAAAGAAGAAGAUGAGAGUGAAGACGAGGAGGAGGAACAAGGUGCGGUUUGUGGCGCUUGUGGAGACAACUACGGUACAGAUGAGUUUUGGAUAUGCUGCGACGCGUGUGAGAAAUGGUUCCAUGGAAGAUGUGUGAAGAUAACACCUGCUAAAGCAGAGCACAUCAAGCACUACAAAUGCCCCAGUUGCACUAACAAGAGAGCCAGACCUUGAUGUCAUAUAAACAAAAAAAAAACAGAUAAUUGGGUUUUAGAAGAUGAUAAAAAUAUACGUUUCUUUUUUAAAUUGUUUAGUUUUCAUUAUGGAUUGAGAAUAUGUACAAUUGGGAAUGCCUUUCUUUUUUUUCUGGAUUUUUGUUGUUGUUAAUGUCAAUGCUACUACUAAUUUGCAUGUUUGAGUCUUGUUUUUUCGUCUACAGUCAUUGUAGGUAUUGGUAACAAUACGCUUUAUAUUUAUCAGCAUAUGAGACUAAUGUAUAGUGUAUAUAUUUUAAUAAACUACUAGAUAAAGUGUACCAGGCAAAAAAAAAAUUCGCCUGAUAACGAGUAUCAGAUAAGAAAAAUUCUACAAACGAGUAGGUUACAUGUUCUAGUUUUUAUAAAUACUUUUUGUGUGGAUAAAACCUAAAUCCAAAUAAUGACACAGAAGAUAUUAACAUAGAUUACUAGUUUACAUGUCUUUAUCAGUUUGUUCUUUCAAACAUUAUUUAAUUGUUCAUCAAUACUAUUAAAAUGGAAGGAAUUUUAAUAAAUUUACUUAAAAAAGUUGUUUGGACUCUUUUAUUAACUAAUAAUAUUCUGGUCUUACUUUGAUUUGGACAAACAAUAUGUUACCUUUAAUUUCUCUAACAAUCAUUUAGUCAAACCUUUUAUUUAUUGGACUCAUAUCUUUUUGUAAACGAAAAGAUUAUACCAUAUAUAUAUUACCACAUAAAUUUGGUUCACGAAAAUAUAAUAUCACAUACACUUUAUUAUACUCUUCUCUAAAUAUGUCUCAUUAACUUCAUAAUUAAGAUAAAUUUAAAAAUUAUAUAUUAUCUUAAUUUUAUUUUAUUGAUAAAUAACAAUUUAAUAUUUAAGAUAAGCUUAAAUUAUCAAAAACCAAACAAAUCUUUUUUUACUGCUCAACAAAAAACCUACAAAUCUAUACUAUUAAAUUAGUCAAAAACCUCUCAAAAAAAUUUUAAGUUUCACCAACUUAACAAAUGUAACUUUUAUAAAAUGCACAAAAAUAUAGUGAAAUGUUAGAUUUGGUCAUUCGGAUCUUCGGGUCAAAUAUAAAUCGGUUUCUUUCAGAUCCAAGUUCUUUGGGUCUUGGGCAUUUAUAUCCAACUAGGUAUUUGAAUGAUUUUUGUUUAGAUCGGUUCCUUUUAGUUCCAGGUCAGUUUGAGUCAAUAAUUCAAGUAUCUAUAAAAUUUACUAUGUAAUUUGGCUACGUAAUGAAUCUAGCUCGGUUCGAGUAUUUCACACAAAAAGAUUUAAAGAAUCCGAAAAGUCAAAAAAUCAAAACAUGAAAAUACCCAAAUAUUUCGUAUGAAUUACUCAAAUAUACAUAAUAUGAACAAAACAUUCAGGGUACUUUAGGUACCCGACAGAGACCCACAGAUCCAAAAAAAUCUAAUAGGUAACUUUUUCCCAAUCUCGAACCUCAACCUUUAUUUCGUAUUGGUUUGGUUCGUUUAUCAAAUUUAGGUAAAAUGUUCAUACUUAAGAAAGAUUUACAUAAGAGUGUAUAUAAAAAAUCCCGAAUAAACUUAUACAUAAGUUAUAUAAUUUUAAACAAAUUUAUGUAUUCGAUAUAAUACGACUUUAUAACAUAAUAAUACACAAUAUACUCAAAAUACUAUCACAUUUUCAACUUCGUAUAUAACCUAUAAAACCCGCGCUUUCGAAACGCGGAUCAAAAUCUAGUAUAUUGUUUAAAAGGUAUUUAAUAGAUAGGACCUUUCUCAAAAGACAUGAAGUAAAUGACUCAAAUAUAUGGGUCAUACAGAUAGGGGCCUCCUAAUAUCUAACGAAACAGAUGCAUGUGUUUUUUUUGGCCUUUUUCUUUUUUUUUUUUUGUAUGCAACUACAAAUGCAUUAUCUGAAGAAUCCAUCGAACAUAUAGGUAAACAAACCAUAAGGUUUUGGUUUGAUGCAAAAUCAGAAAGAUACACAAAUCUGUCAUCUUCGUAAAUACAUCUACUGCGUUGUUGAUAUAUGUUUGGUAAUAACCAUUCAAUACAAAGUCAUUGGAUCGAUCAAUGUUUCGACCUGUUUAUUCUCUUUUUAAUCGAUAAGUCCAAAAUUGGAGUUUCUUUCAAAUUACUUUUUUACCAGACUGGGUCCGUUUGAAUCACCAUUUUAGUGGAUUAUUAAUUUUUAGUAUUAUGUUGCCGUCAGGUUGAAAACACGAGAUAUUUGUAUAGUUGUAUGAACAGAUACUGAUCAUCAUAUUAUUAUUUUUUAUGAAGAACAUAUUAUUUUCAAAAUUUUCCGAUUUUUUUUUUAAACAGGUGUGUUUAUCAACUAAUCAUGGAUUGUGUUGAAAAUAAUCAACAAAAUAUUGUAUAUGUUUCUUUUCUUUUAAAAUAUUAAACCAAGAAUGGAGGUUCUCGUUCAAUCGAAUUAUGUUCCGAGUUAAUUUAUAGACGAAUCAAAUUAUAAUUGAAAAUAUAUAAGCUUUAUAGACAUUGUGUCCAAUAUUCUUUUUAUUUUUCUUAAUUUAUGUGUCUGGCAUUCACAAUUGUGACAAGGUGUGUCUUCCUAAUGUCGUCCAAUAUAAAUCUUGUCUAUUCAGAUAAUAAAAUUGUUAUUUUCUUUUGUUUGGAAUUGCAUGUCUAUUUCUUAAGAAAACUGUAUUAACUUUGUUUUGUAUGUAUCUUUUUGUGAAUCGAUAAAGAAAGUUGUAUUGAUAAGAAUGAUUCAUCUAGAUAGUCUCCAAACCCAUAUUUGGUACAAUGUUUUGAAAAAGUAUGACUCUUUAAUAUAUUUUUCUUUUUGUUAAAACAAACAAAAAUGAAAAGCCAUAAAUGUUUUUUUUUAUUUUACAUAAAAGCUAUCGUUCAGUACUUAAUUAGAAACAGUUUAGUACUAUAAUUUAAAUAUUUGAAUAAUAGUGUUUUUUGUUUGAAGUUCACCAUAUGCUAGUCUCAUAAGUUCCCAAAUUUUUAAUCUAAAGCUUGCAAUAGAUUAGACUUCGUUCGGGUUCGUAUUGAAAUACGUCAUAAUGAUGUAUUGAUCUAUGUUUCUUAGCUGACUAACACCAUCGAAAAAUCUAUUUGUAGUCGUAUUUGCUUCGUUCAAGUAUGCUUACCAUUUUCCACUGAUGCUUCGAAGCCUGUUAUGUGAUCAACUUUUUUUAGCAAUGCAUCUCUGAUUUGUUUUAUUUUAUUUGUUUGGUUUUGACUUGACUUAAUUCAAAUUUUUUAUAAUUUUAUUUCCCAAUUCUUUUUUGUAAAUAUACAAUUUUGGUUUGAUAAAUAAAAAUAAAUGUAACUGCAAAUGGUUAUAACAUAUAUAACAUAAGUACACAAUUUGCAUACAUUUUUUAGCAAAAAAAAAAACAAUUUGGAUAAAAUGUUUGUAAAACUAACGAAAUAUAAACUUUCAAAACGUCUUAUAUAAAAGGAACUGAAUAUUUAAAGUGUGUUAUGGCACAUUAUCCUUAUAGGAUUGACCAAAAAUAGCAAUUUGUUAAUGAUGAGAUAGUAAUAAUCAUAUUUAAGACAUGGUUUGGAAGUGGUGAAUUUUCAACUUGUGUCCACAUGAUUUUGCAUUUCAUACUUUCUUUUGACUGUCUUACAAGUAUGAGUAUGACCAAAUCAUUGAAAGUUCGCUCAAGAUUUAAACUCCGUUAUGAUUUUAAUUUAUUUUUGACGACAAGCUUACUUACUCGUUGAUUGCUCAUUUAAUUUCUUACCUGUCAUCAGAACAAUUCACCCUUUUUCUAAAGCCUCAUCAUAUUUGGAUUUAUGAAUUUACGUUUUAAAAAUAUGUUCCUCUCUAUGCACGUAGUUAUCAUGAAAUAAAAAGGAUAAUUGAUGACAACAAUAACUGCAAUCAGAGAAUAGCAUCAAUAAUAAAUACUAAUAAUGGGAACAAAUAGUCAUGUGAUCUUAUUCAUUUUCUUCGGCGCAUCCAACGGACCGAACAUUAAAACAGCUAACGCACUUUCACAGUUUAGACAUUUGUCACGGUGUUGCUAAAAAAAAAAGACAUUUGUCACGGCAAAGAUUUAGGCUCUCAUUGCUGAUAAAGCAAUUUGAUGAGAUACUUUACCCAAAAGAGAAAAAGCAAUUUUGGUGAGAUAGUAGUAUAAUUAUUUGGUCUCCA